AUGGAUAAUAUUAAUAUUAACAAUAGUGCUACUAUGAAUAAUAGUAAUAGUAGUAACAAUGGAAGCAAUAUGGUUGUUUAUGUAUGUAUUCAUUUUAUAAUGCCAUGUGCUGUUGCAAUUGGAAUUAUUGGAAAUCUUUUAUCGAUCUUAGUGUUUGCACAACGUGAAAUGAUUAAAUUUUGUGUGUCUAUAUUCACAAUUGUUCUCGCACUUAGUGAUAUUCUUUUGUUGAUCACUUCAUUAUUUAACAUAAUAUUGCCGGAUUUUUUUGGUGGAUUGUUGUCAGAUGGAUCGGCAUUUUGGUGCCAUUUUCAUGGUUAUUUUGAUCUAUUAUUCGCUGCGUUAAGUGGUUAUUCAGUUGUAUUCAUAUCCGUUGAACGUUGGUUUUCAGUAUGGAAACCAUUUGAUAAAGCAAAAUAUGUUACAUUUAAAACAACAAUAAUCACCGUUAUUAGCUAUACAUCAAUAUCAAUGGUUGCAUUUUCAUGGUUUCCAUGGACAUUAAAUUAUAGUCCGAAAAAAUCUGGAUCCGGCGAUCGAUGUAAUCUAGUACUAUUUACUGUAUAUAAAGUAUUUGGAACAAUUUCAGUUAUAUUUACCUAUAUCGUACCAUUCAUUUUUCUUGGUAUACUUAAUACUCUUAUAGUCUAUCGUUUACACACACGUCAUCAUACAUCUCUACAACGUACAUUACCAACAUCAGGUAGUACCAAUACUGAGAAAACAUUAGCUACAGUAUCAACACGUAACCGACAACGUCAGAGAAAUACAGAUCGAAAUAUAACAUUCAUGUUAAUAGCGGUUGCUAUUGCAUUUAUGGUUAUGUCAUUUCCAUUUCAAAUCUAUUGGUUUUACAUGCAAAUACGUCAAUUGACAAUCCCAAAUCAAACUCUAUUUACAUUAACACAGACAUGUCGAUAUUUAAAUUGUUGUUGUAAUUUUUUCCUUUACUCUGCUACAUCAUCGUUAUUUCGUCGGGAAUUACGUGAAAUAUUCAACUGUUCAGUAGCCCAAACUGCAAAUGCAAAAGAACAAACAAACUUGCAAACAACUACUAUAACUAGGACCCGCACUUCAUCAUACCCUUCAUUCAAUGCAAAAUAUAUUGAUAAUUCAACAGUAGAAAGAAAAAGACUGUUAGUUACAUCAGCAUCCUCAAAAGUAUCAACGAAGUCAAUGGAAAAUACCGAUCUUUCAGUAGUAUCAACUGGAUUAACCAAUGGUCAUAUGGUCUCGUUCGAAACAUAA